AUGCUGUUGUUGGGAAGUUUAAAAAUAAUGAAGUGGAGGCAGCUUUUCUGGAUUGCGUUCUGUGUUGUGGAGUUGUCUGGCAAAGCUUCUGGGAGCCCGACAGACUCCCCCGCACCCUCGGCCCCAGCCACGGAACCGAAAGGCACCAGCAGCACGGCAGCCACCGGAGCCCCCACAGCCCCCAGCAGCGCUGAGCCGACAGCAGAGACGUCCGCUGUGGCCAGUGUCCUGGCAGCCAGCACCACCUCCCCGGGGCUCAGCAGCGAGCGGACGAGCCCGCAGACCAGCCGAGCCCCCCCGCAGCCGCUGGGCACCACCUUGGAUCCAGGCCGCGUGAGCCAAGGGGUCCCCACAACCAAGAGCCCAGCAACUCAACACAGCACGGCAGCAGAAACCCCAGGGUCCAUGCCGGUUCUGACGAGCUCUCCUGCCACCUUGGUGUAUCCUCAUGUCUCGGUUGCCACCACGUCACCGCACACAGCCAGGGACAGCCCGAAGCCCAUCUCAUGCCACAACGUCAAAGAAGUGAGUGACACUGGAGCCAUCUGCUUGCAGCUCAACGAGUCCAGCACUUGCAAACAUUUUUUAGAGAUGAAAGGAUCAGACUUAUGGAGUGCAAUAUGUGAAGGGAGCACCCACCACGUUCGCUCCCCCUGCCAGAUUAAACUCGCUAAAUCCGAGGUGGACCGUGAGUGUAUGCUGCUCAUCCUCGUCGGUGAGAGAGAUCCUGCUACAGAUAUGCUCCAGGAGUCUCACUGGGAAAAGUUUGGAAUAAAAUCCCUUAAACGGGGGAGCGUGAGGAACCACCAGGACUUUUCUCAGAAGACCCUGAUUGCCUUGGUCACAUCUGGACUCUUGCUGGCGUUCCUGGGCUUGGCUGGAUAUUUCCUGAUGAAGCGGCGGAGCUGGAGCCCCGCGGGAGAGCGGCUGGCUGAAGACCCAUAUUACACGGAAAACGGUAGCCAGGGAAACACGAUGUUGAUGAUGUCCCCCCAAGAGCAAGCCGAGCUGCAGGAGAAGCCAAACCUCAACGGUGGGACUCAGGAAAACGGGACCGGCCAAGCCUCCUCCAAAAACGGCCACUCAGCCAGGCAGCACAGUCCCGCCGACACGGAGAUGUGA